CGGCCAAGUAAGGAGUCUUAAAGGAUGCAUGAGGGUUUGUGAGUAACCUAGGCCUUCUCUGCAUAAUCUCCGUGCUCAGGCACCUCUCUCCUCCUAUUCUGAGCAUUGAACAGGGGCAGAAGGAAGCAAGUCAUUAGAGAAAGGGACAAGUAUGACCAGAAGGUCCUCAAGGACCCCAAAACAGAACUCCUGAGACCAGAAAUUCCCACAGGUGCAUCCUAAAAAAUAUUUAUUUUUAUACUUUGGCAGAACUCAAUUAGUUCCCAGUGUACUAGAAUGAAAUGCAACAAUGAGACCUACCUCACUAAAAACCUAGGCUCCUAUCCAGAAUUUUCCAUUCUGUGGGAGCAGUGGGCAGAAGGAGAUGAUAAAAGUAGGUAGAACUUAGCUCUGUAUAUAUAGCCCAAAACUCCAGGGGCCUGUGAGGGAGAGGAGGGCAGAGAGGUCCUGAGUAUUGUUCACUCUUCAGUCAGACAGACCUCUAUUCCAUGGGGAAGUUCAUUGGCCAUUUUUACCCAGAGGUAUUUCUUUUCACUUACGGACUAUAUCAGGCCACAGUGGUCUCCAAGGCCAUGAUACUCAAAGGCUGUCUCCUGUAUCCUUUGUGCCCUCCCAGGAAUAAGCAAAGAUGUGCCAUGUGGAAAAUAGCCUAUGGAGGAUUCCUGAAGAUAAUGACAGGCUCUCUCUUAACAUUGUAGUGUCUAGACGGCGGGAUGGUGCUGAUGAGAAAGCAGAUGCUAUCAAAGUUCAUGUACCCCAAAGAGUGGCAGCACCUCACCAUGUUCAUCCUCCUCACUCUCAAUGGCUGCGUGGACUUCAUGAGCAAGAACGUGCUGCCUCAGAGGCAUGUGGGCCUAGAAAAAGGUACCCUGGUCCUGAUCAUCUAUGAGCUCCUGCUGCUGAUGGUGUCACAUGUUAGAGACUCAGAAGGGCUGGGGGUGGAGCUGCACGUGCACUCUCUGCUCAUCCUGGUGGUGUUCCUGCUGUUGCUGGUGUUCACUGCAGAGCUGUGGGCUCCCAACAUGUGUCAUCUCCAGCUGAUGGAGACCUUUCUGAUCCUCAUGAUGGGCUCCUGGCUGAUGCAGGCAGGCUUUAUUCUAUACAGACCUGUCUCUGGCUACCCAUGGCAGGACGAUGACAUCAGUGACAUCAUGUUUGUCACCACCUUCUUCUGCUGGCAUGUGAUGAUCGAUGCCUUGUGCCUGUUGGGAAUCUACAGCUUCUCUUCCUUUUGGCAUCGUUGUUACACUCCCAGCUUGAAGCUGACGGGGCCCAAGGAAGCUCCGUAUUACGCAAGCCCUCCAGGACCCCUCUACAAGUUGCUACAGGAAGUGGAGCAGUCAGAGAAAGAGGACCAGGUCCUCCUUUUUUCAAAGAGCUCCCCUGAGACAGAGUCUAUAGUGGCUGGCACAUCAUCCACCUUGCCUUCCUCCUGUGGGCUUCUCAGCCAUAAGCAUGGCACCCUUUCUGGUCCCCAGUGAAAGGAAUGGCCCUGAAGGACAGUAAUUGGCCCCGACUGUUGUCCCUGUAUCUGAGCAUCAGACUGCUGAGGAGAUAGGGAGAGAGAAACCUGAAGCGAGGGCACAGAUGGGGUUAUGUGGAAGUGGGAGAGGAGGAAGAGACCCAAAGGGGUAGGAAGGUGGUCAAGAAAUAUCCAUAGCAGGAAGAGAACAAUCAAAGGGAGGCCUCUGAAAAAAGAGAGUGGAGCCCAGCAGCGAUGCCAGCACCAGCUGCCUAUCCAGCUUUUACCUAAAGAAUAAAGACUUCACAAAUCAAGAUUGCAAUGAUGGGUUCAUUGUUGGCCAGCUAAGGUGAAAUGGCGUAAACAGAUGGAGUACCAUUCACUUACCCUACCUGACUGAAAUAAGAAUCUCAUAUAUAUUUUUAACUUGGGUGGACUAGCAUAGUUUCAGACUCUGCACAUAAAGUGAGGAUUAAAAUUUACAUCACAGUUUUUCAAGUCUCCAUAAUCCAAACUUUCACUAAAUGCCACCACACCUCUUACUCCUGACCUCUAAUCCAGCCAAAGCAAAGUGUUUUUCUACUUGUUUAACGACCACUAGCCCCAGCAGUAAUUUACUAGAUCCUGAUUUACUGCAUCGUACACUUGAGCCUUUCCAGAUUACACGCUCUAUAAAACCCGUCGGCAGUCACAUUUUCACUACACGGUGUCAUUUUACACUCAGAAAUAAAUUUCCUGUACCACUUCCACCAAAAAGUCCUCCUCCAGAAAAUUUUCAUAAACUCCUUGGGUCUGGAGCUCUUGAGCAACUCAUGUAUAUCUGCAUUGCCCAUGCUGCUGAUACACUCUCCUUCACUCUGUAUCUCAUAUUGCUCCUCUCCAGGAGGUUUUGCCCCACCGACUACAAGGAAGGCUCCUGAACAGCAGGGAAUUUACCAUAUCCUAGUUACCCAUUUCCUCUGCAUGUUCCAGAAUAUAAUGUUGUCCUCCGCACAGUUCAUGCCUAAUAAAGUCUCAUUUUCUUCCAGCGCCUCCCUUGACAGUCUCUCCUAAAUGUAAUGUCUCCUUUGUGAACUCUCGGGAGAGGAAGCCAAGGGCUAAGACUGCAUCACAUAGCAGUGGGUCUGUGUGU